AAGACACAAGUCGCCUAUACAAAUUUACUAACAAAUCUAGUUAAAAUUGAGAUUUGAAUUGACAGAUCUGUACUUUGGUUACAUACAUUCAUGUUCCACUUUUUUACAGAUUCAAAAGGGCAAAAUAAGAAGUGAAAUCUCUAAGAAUGGCCUCCUUGAGCUCCAGCCUCUGGAAUGAAACCACUACAUCUGUUUAUCAGUACCUUGGUUUUCAAGUUCAAAAAAUUUACCCUUUCCAUGAUAACUGGAACACUGCCUGCUUUGUCAUUCUGCUUUUAUUUAUAUUUACAGUGGUAUCUUUAGUGGUACUGGCUUUCCUUUAUGAAGUGCUUGACUGCUGCUGCUGUGUAAAAAACAAAACGGUGAAAGACUUGAAAAGUGAACCUAACCCUCUUAGGAGUAUGAUGGACAAUAUCAGAAAACGUGAAACUGAAGUGGUCUAGCACUCUAAAUAAGGUGAACAAAAUCUCUGAAAACAGCCUUCAACUACUGAGGAAAAAUUUUUUCUGAGGCCAACUAUUAUUACAAAAUCGAAUGACUUUGAACGAUCAAAAUUCUAACAGAAGUGAAAAACAAAUAUGUACUUUGUGUGUGCGUAUCAUUUCAUUAAAUAUACAGUAAAACUACACAAAUGUGAAUAAUUUACUAAUUUAUUUAAAAUGACACUUCAAAAAUUGGAUGAAAGAUUCCUAGAAUUCAAUAUUAAACAGCAAAAGGUAAAAUCGCAAACAUAAGCAAGGUUAAUGAUGUCAAAAUAAGUGAUACCUAAACAAAUCAUAUGGACUAAAAAAUAGAGUAGUACCCUAUGUUUUGAUAAUAAAAAUGCUAUUUAAAUGCUUACCUAGAUCCAAAGUAAAAUACUUCCACUUAUAAAGUCCUUAUUAAAAAGCAGCAUUUUCUAAUUUAUUGAAGACAACAUACAAAUUUUUAAAGACUUAAGUUUUAUGUAGGACUAGUGUGAAAAAAGUCUCCAAAUACUCAGAAAGGUCAGAAGUAUACUUGCCUAAAAUUUUCAUAAAAUGGACUGUUGAAAUACCUGGUUUAAGAAGGGCAAGCUAUUUUCAAACUAAAACUUACUAGCACAGCAAUAAAUUUCAUUUCUUGAGCUUGUGCUUUCAUUUUACUUCUCACAUUCACACUCACAGGGCUAAGAUACCCAAUGUAGAAAAGAAUGCAAAAAAAAAAAAAGUCAAAAAAUAGGACCACUCAACACCUAUUAAGAAAUAUGGCAAUUUUGUUUCUUGGAAUUCCAAGGGCUAUACGGAUAUAUUUUAUAACCCUAGGAUUAUUUUGCUACCACCAAAGAGCAAGUCAAAGCAUGUUCUUAACCACGAGAACCUAAGUACAUGUCCUUAGGCCCGAAAUGCAACUCUUGAAAAUUUUUCGAAAAAUUAGUUCAAAAGAAAAAAGCUCAAGAUACAAAGAUGUUUACUACAACUUUACUAAAAAUAACAAAAAAUUGGAAAUAGCCUUUAACUAAAUGUGGCACGUCAACUUAACAGAUUAUUAAGAAACUAAUGAAAAUUAUGGCAAAAUAGAACAUAUUUGAUAUGUGAAAAAUAUCUCAUUUUCAAUUUAGAAAACCCUAAGUGCCAGUCUGAAAUGGCUUUUCCACAAAAUAGUUUGUUUUUUUCUAACAUUAGAAACAAACACAAGUAAUGUAACCAACUUUCAAAGGACUUGUGAAACCUAGAUAUACAAAAUAUUUUGGUAACCAGGAGCUAUUCUGAGCACUGUUAAAACUAUGUUUUUAAAAACAGUAAACUUUAGGGUCCUCACCAUGAAUGGAAAGCAUCCAGGUCCUUUAAUAACUAAAUUUUCUGAUAAUGAACACUAUUGAUUUUCCCUACCUUGCCCUGCAAUUUAUUUAGCCAUUAAACAAACAUGUAUUGAAUGAUUCUAUGUGUGAGGGAUAGGAGGCAAAUAACUAAUUACAAGAUUACAAUGGCACACAGUAACUUAGAAAGUUGGAAAGUGCUGUGAAAAUUCAAAGGCUGAGCACUGAAUUCAAGUAGUAAAGUGGGAAUAACUUUUAAGCUAAGACUCAAAAAAAUAGGAGUUAGCCAAAAGAAAGAGGGAAGUAGGUAAGAAAAAAUGUUGCAGUUAGAGGAAAGAAUAUGAGCAAAGGCCAAGAGGCAAAAAGAGAGUAAAGCAUGUUAGAUGAGCUACAAGUCAGUAUCGCUAAGAGAGAGUACAAGGAGAACAGUGAGAUAUGGGCCUAAAAGAGAGUGGAAACUAGAGCAGGUAGGAAAAGAUGGACUUUACCAGAAAAGCAAUGGUGAUCUCUUUAAGUGAUGACAUCAUCAGAUUUAUGAAUAAAAAAAGCACUGACUGGGAUACAGAGAAUGGACAGCAGAGAAGCUAAACCAGAAGAUCUGGUAAACAACUAACUGGGAAAUCCAAUGAUAGUGACAUGAACUAGGAUUGUACGGUAGUCUUUAGUAUUUAUACCCAAUAUAUGCAGUUCUCUUUCUAAGCACAAGAAACCCCUGUGGCUGGGUACAGCCCUGUGACUAGAUUUAGCCAAUGACUAGUGAAAGGAAGUGAUGCAUGUCACCUCCAGGCCAGAGCAUUUAACUGCCAGGAAAGAUCUUCCAGAAUUCUCUUCCCCCCAGCACUGAAACCAACAUUUAAAGUACCAGUACUCAGUCUACAACUAUGACAUUCUGAACGCGUCCGAUCUUGUCUGCUCUCAGAAGCUAAGCAGGGUCGGGCCUGAUUAGUAUUUAAAUGGGAGACUACCUAGGAAUACCAGGUGCUGCAGGCAUUAAAAAUAAUAAUAAUAAUAAAGUACCAGCACUCUAUAAGCCUGGUUCCCUGAGAGACUAUAGUAAGUUCAGAUCCCUGCCAACACAUGAUAAACAUGUGGUAUGAAAGAGAAACAAACUUUUGUAGUUUUAAGCCAGCAUCAGUAAACGCUGCUUCCUGCUUAUAGCCCUGGUGUCCCGUCUCUCAGAGAAUCCCACAACAUUUCUGGUGGCUCGUCCAGGAUCUGAAGAUGGCGGUUUUCACCUCCUUUGUCUUCGGGGUCUGGCCCUUGGGAUACUGGGAGAAGUAGACUUCACCUGGUGCACCAG